GCUGCCGGAAACGUCUAAGCGGCAGCCGCGCUAGCCCGGGGGAGCCCGUCAUGCCCUGGAGGAGCAAUGUGAGCAGCUGACAGCAACUCCAGAGCGCUGCUGCAUCCGCCGCCUGCUUUGCUACGGGGCCGGGCCAGACUCAAGGGGGCCGGCUCGUGAGAGAAGUAAACUUCCCCGGGACGCGCUUUCCCGCAAGUUCCCCUCUGCUCUCCCCAAGUCCCAGCCGCUGCUCUCUGCUCAGCCUCGCCUGCCUCCUCCCCCCCGGCAGCCGGGCUGCUGCCGCUACUGCCAUGGGGCUGCCCACUCUGGAGUUCAGCGAUUCCUACUUGGACAGCCCGGAUUUCAGAGAGCGGCUGCAGUGUCACGAGAUUGAGCUGGAGAGGACCAACAAGUUCAUCAAGGAGCUGAUCAAGGACGGCAGCCUGCUCAUCGGGGCCCUCAGGAAUCUGUCCAUAGCAGUGCAAAAAUUUUCCCAGUCGCUACAGGAUUUUCAGUUUGAGUGUAUUGGAGAUGCUGAAACAGAUGAUGAAAUUAACAUUGCCCAGUCACUGAAAGAAUUUGCCCGGCUACUGAUUGCUGUAGAAGAGGAGAGAAGACGACUUAUCCAGAAUGCCAAUGAUGUGUUAAUAGCACCACUGGAAAAGUUUCGUAAAGAACAAAUAGGUGCAGCAAAAGAUGGGAAGAAGAAGUUUGACAAGGAAAGUGAGAAAUAUUAUUCCAUUCUAGAGAAGCACUUAAAUUUAUCAGCAAAGAAAAAAGAAUCUCAUUUGCAAGAUGCAGAUACGCAGAUCGACAGAGAACAUCAAAACUUUUAUGAAGCAUCAUUAGAAUAUGUGUUUAAAAUUCAAGAAGUACAGGAGAAAAAGAAAUUUGAAUUUGUUGAACCUCUUUUGGCAUUUCUUCAGGGAUUAUUUACUUUUUACCAUGAGGGAUAUGAGCUGGCCCAGGAGUUCACCCCAUACAAGCAACAGUUGCAAUUCAACUUGCAGAAUACACGAAAUAAUUUUGAAAGUACCAGGCAGGAAGUAGAGAGACUAAUGCAGAGAAUGAAAUCUGCCAACCAGGAUUACCAACCACCCAGUCAAUGGACAAUGGAAGGCUAUCUCUAUGUGCAGGAGAAACGACCCCUUGGAUUUACCUGGGUAAAACAUUACUGUACUUAUGAUAAAGGGACAAAAACAUUUACAAUGAGUGCAGCUGAAACAAAGUCUGGUGGGAAAGUGAAUGGCCUUGUCACAAGCUCACCAGAAAUAUUCAAGCUAAAAUCCUGCAUCCGGAGAAAGACUGAUUCAAUUGACAAACGUUUCUGUUUUGAUAUUGAAGUAGCUGAAAGACAUGGGAUCAUAACACUUCAGGCUUUUUCAGAGUCCAACAGGAAACUUUGGCUGGAAGCUAUGGAUGGAAAGGAACCAAUUUACACUUUGCCAGCCAUUAUUAGCAAGAAGGAAGAAAUGUUCUUAAAUGAAGCAGGUUUUAACUUUGUGAGGAAAUGUAUUCUUGCUGUGGAGACAAGAGGUAUCACAAUCUUGGGGCUCUACAGAAUAGGAGGUGUAAACUCCAAAGUGCAAAAGCUGAUGAAUACCAUAUUUUCCCCUAAAUCCCCUCCUGAUAUGGAUAUUGAUAUGGACGUUUGGGACAAUAAAACAAUAACAAGUGGACUAAAAAACUACCUCAGGUGUCUUACAGAACCAUUGAUGACCUUCAAGUUGCACAAGGAUUUCAUUGUUGCCGUUAAAUCUGAUGACCAAAACUACAGAGUUGAGGCAGUACAUGCACUUGUUCAUAAAUUACCAGAGAAAAACAGAGAGAUGCUGGACAUCCUAAUCAAGCAUUUGGUCAAGGUUUCAUUACACAGUCAACAAAAUCUCAUGACCGUCUCCAACCUUGGUGUUAUCUUUGGGCCGACUCUGAUGAGAGCACAGGAGGAAACCGUGGCUGCUAUGAUGAACAUUAAGUUCCAGAAUAUUGUAGUGGAAAUUUUGAUAGAGCAUUAUGAAAAGAUAUUUCACACUGCACCAGACCCCAACAUUCCUCUUCCCCAGCCUCAGUCCCGUUCAACUUCCAGAAGAACAAGAGCAAUAUGCCUCUCAACAGGCUCACGCAAACCCAAAGGAAGAUAUACCCCAUGCCUGGCAGACCAUGAUAGUGAUUCAUACAGUAGUAGUCCAGACAGCACUCCAAUGGGCAGCAUAGAAUCACUCUCAUCUCAUUCGUCAGAACAAAACAGCACCACAAAGUCCACCUCAUCCCAACCAAGGGAGAAAUCGGCGGGAAUUCCAUGGAUUGCAUCUCCACCUUCUUCCAAUGGUCAGAAGAGCUCAGGUCUCUGGACCACAAGUCCAGAAUCCUCCUCUAAGGAGGAUGCGACAAAAACAGAUGUGGAGUCAGACUGUCAAAGUGUAGCUUCUGUCACUAGCCCAGAGAAUACAUCUCCACCAAUAGAUCUGACCAAAAAAGGGCUUUAUGGUCUGUCUGGGCUGAAAAGGUCUGCAGCUUCCUCCCUCAGAUCAAUCCCUUCAGCAGAAGGUAACAAAAGUUGCAGUGGAUCUGUACAGAGCUUAGCCUCAAUUGAUGCCAAAGAUACACCAAAGGCUCCACUGAAUCCUGAGUUGCCACCCAAAAUGUGCAGGAGAUUGAGAUUGGAUACUGCAUCAAGUAAUGGUUAUCAGAGACCAGGAUCUGUAGUGGCCGCAAGAGCCCAGUUGUUCGAAAGUGCUGGUUCACUUAAACAAACUUCUUCAGGACGCCAAGCCAAAGCCAUGUAUUCCUGUAAAGCUGAGCACAGUCAUGAGCUCUCCUUCCCACAGGGGGCGAUAUUUUCAAAUGUGUACCCAUCAGUGGAACCAGGCUGGUUAAAAGCAACUUAUGAAGGCAAAACAGGACUAGUUCCAGAGAAUUAUGUUGUCUUCCUCUAGUAAUCUUUAGUGGACAGCAGUAUCUUCAUGGUAUCCAUGGUAACAAAUAAUAAGCACUAUGAUUUUAUCUGACACAGAUGUGGGGAUCAGCCCAUUAGCAGAGAGUGGUAGAUUUUCUUCAAAUUCUGCAAGGGCAAAUUAGGUAGCUCCCUAUUAAAUAGAACAGGAUAUAAUGAAAUAGUUAACAGUUUUUUGUACUGCAGAUGGUACUCUGUUUAAAUAACUUCCAUUGUUUGUAACGCAAGCAUGUUGCAUACUUCUUUUAUGGAUAAGGAACAUUUGAGCAAUAAAAUCAGAAAAUUAGCUGCAGAACAUGUCAGACCUGAGAUAUUGCUCAACCAGUGUGAAAUUCACAGGCAAUGCACUCUGCCAAUUCUUACAAUUAUAUUGUUUUACAUGUAAAAAAUUAUAUUUUUGUUCAUAAAGCAAGAUAUAUUUCUAUGAUCUGUCUUCUGCAUUAGAAAACUUGAUUCUGAGACUGGUUCCAGUCAUUUCAUGGAAGAAGUUAAUCUGCCAUAAAAGCAGAGUUUUGAAUCUCUUGUUAUGCAAUGAGAGCACAAUAUACAGAUGCAGUAAUGUAUGUAAUUUAUAUAACUGAUAACCAAAUUAGAUUGUACACUGAUUAAGCAGUAGGUGCUCUUUCAAAAUGUGACUUUUUAAAAUCAACAUUUAAUUCAGAUAUUGUACAGAUUUAUCUUAUUUCCUCCUUGCUUUCAUCAGUUUGUUUUAUCAAUAUAAUUAAUAUUAAUAAUAAAUUAUAUUUCUAGCAUCCAUCUUCCCUAAGACAUUCUCGGCUUGUCUCAAAAACACAACCAUACCAAACAAAGAAGUACUGAAAGUAAAAUGAUUUGGAAGUGUGUGAAGUUAGCAACAAAGAAUGAAAAUAAAUCUAAAACCUGAAAUAAAACAUAGCAGAGUCCCACAAUGCCAUUAAGACACCCAAAUUGUUUUUCAGAUUUUCUACCGCAUACAAGACAAAUGACCUAUGAAGUGUCUAGUUUUAUAAGCUAUGAUUUCUAAAGGCUCCUUUUAGAUGUAAAAAGGAUCUGACAUUAGAUAAACUUUUUUGUUUAAACUGAAAUACAGUUUCCUCAGAAUUUCAUUGAAUUAUUAGACAACAAUUCGAAAACAUGAUGAUAAAACUGCUUGGUAUAGAUAUUUCCAAAUAACCAUUAAUUACUCCAGCUGGAACUAAAAGGCAGUCAUUUUCUAACUGCGGACAUUAAAUUUUGUGUGAGUUUUCCCAUCAAAGUACAAUGUUUGUAUUAAUAAAAGACUAUAAUAAACAGUGAGGGCACUGGCACUUUAUCACAGAAUAACAAUCCUUUACAAAGAGAACAAAGAACAGAAAUCAGAAAAGCAAGAGAGUAAACAGUAAGCAAAGCAUAUGUCCAAGGCAGACACUCUGCUUGCUGAAAGAACAACCAUAGAGUCCAGUCCUGAAGGCCUUAUUGACAAAACUCCCCUUGAAUUUGGACAUCCCCAAUUAGUUAAUCGACAGAGCUGCUAACUUGGUGAAUCCAUUCUGGGGAGUCAGUACACCAUGACCUCAAAAAUCUAUGCUGAUGUCAACAGAAUCACACAUGUGCUUAAGCCACUGGCUCAGUCACUGGCAUAGCUCUUUAUUGAACUGCUCUAGGAAAACUGCAGUAGCUGCAUGGCCAGUCAGCGUGUACUAUUCAAAGCAAAAUCAUUUCAGCGCUACAUUAACACAUUAGCAGCUGAGCUCAUUGCUGUUAGUGCUACAGGAAUUGCCUCUCAAACAGACUCUCCUGCGUGUUAGCUCUUUCUCCAGUAACAGUAUUAAAUAUUACAGGUGAGCAGGGCAAGGUAAUUCCAUUGUGCCAAAGAUUUAGAUAUUUCUAAAUUAGGUUUUGUUCCGCUUCUGAAUGAAAACCCCACAUUUUGAAGUUUUCUGCAAAUUGGCAUGGCGCCCCGGCUCCAAGGCACUCUGCCUGGUGGCCUGUCCUGGAGCUGCAGACCCUGGAAGCCUAGGGGUUCCCAACUCUGAACAGCACACCUAGUGGGAUGUUCUGGAUCCACAGCCCUUGGAAGCCCAGGUUUCACAGCAGCUCACCAGGCAGGUUUCCUCAGCCUUUUGUUGCAAUAAAACUGUCUCCAUGCAACAUUUUGAUUUUAACAACAAAACGUUUUUCUCAGCGUUUUUUCCAACAGCUCCAUUAAGUAUAUUAACCCUUUAUUUACCAAAAUAGUGGAUGCUGCUUUCUUAAUGGGUUAAAUAGGAGCUUUUCCCAGGGCUUAAAAUCUUACCAAGCUAUUAAACACUGCCAAAUUUUCUGGCACUUUCCCUGGAAGUCUGUAGGCUAUCUAUAGCCAAUAUACACAGUCUUUCCAAAGUAGUGUAUCUCUAACAGCCCCUGUACCUGCCUCCUGGACAACACAGUGGGAGUUGCUUACAGUAAGUCAUUUCUUGACAGUAAUUUUAUUCUUGAAAUUCAGGCUGGUGGCAAAUGGAGCUCAGCACGGGGGGAAGGGGGCUCUUGGAAUCCUUUGCAUGACACAGAUGGAGGCUUCCCACCAGCUUCAAGCAGGCUAGUAGGGGGCAGGUUGGAACCAGACACUGGAGGCCAGGCCAUGGGAUCAAUGACUACAGUAAUUCAGUGACCCACACUAAUUUGGACUGUUCAUUCUAUUUCGCUAUCAAGAGUUUCAUUCUCGCCCAGUUCACUAUCAGCAAGUGAUAGUGUCAUUAAGAGUGUUUCUUUGGUAGGUUGUUGUGAAGGAUAAUUCCAAAGCUGGCCCUGUUGGACAGUAGAGGCAAAUAUCCUGCUGACACAUCUGUGUUCAGCACUGAAGUAAAGUAGGAAGAAGGCUCCUCAGCAGGUCAAAGCUUGUAGCUCUUAAGUCAGGCAAAAUUCAUGUUGACUUCAAUGGGCACUUCCCCUGAGCCAGAGCUCUGAGACUUCCCUAUGUAAUUAACCUCUGAAAUUUCAACUUAUCUUAUACCAUGCUGUGUAACAUACUGUUGGUUGCAUAUGCUUUGGCUGUGCUUGAAGGCUCCAUCCUACGGUGGUGGGAUAACCAGGGGGUUGCACCAUCUCACCAUUCCAGGGAGAGUUGAUAUCUGUGCUUCUGGGGGUUGUUAGUGGGAAGGGAGGUAGGACCCUGCUCAGGAGACUAGGACAAUCAGUGACCCUAGCAUGAAGGGGAGGGAUAGCUCAGUGGUUUUGAGCAUUGGCCUGCUAAACCCAGCAUUGUGAGCUCAAU